AUGGACUAUUCUGCUGUCUCGAGCGAUUCCGACGCUCUUCACGGCGCAUCUCCCUGGGGUUCUUCUUCUCCUCGAGCAGACCGAUCUUUCCCAAGCCCCUCCGACCCUCCCGACUCACCCGCUCCAAUUCGAGGCCAUUCCUAUUCCCAAUCACAAGAUAGCGUCCCAGAAAGCCCAUACCCUCCUCCAGCGCCCAGCGAGAUCAGCGAGUCUACUACAUUGAUUGAUCCUAGCGUUUCUCAGCAGGCGGCUUACCAACCGGAUUCUGUUCAGUACGGCCAGUCAAAUCACCAAGACAACCAGGCUCCAGCUGUUGGCCAACAACAGCAACAGUAUCAACAGCGACCAAAUGCAGCAAGAUAUCAUAGCACUAAACAGCACAGGCCCGUUGCACAGUAUAAAUUACAAGCCAAGGUGACAGCCUUGGAACGAACCGGGCGCAAAGACCCUGUCAUCAGAUUUGAUGUACAUACGAAUUUACCCAAGUUUCGAACAACUCAGUUCCGGGAUGUCCGUCGAACUCAUACCGAGUUCAUCAAACUGGCAGAUCAUCUCAUCUCAUCCAAUCCGGAGGCGCUAGUUCCCGCGGUGCCUCCUAGCCUCACGUCCGCCGGUGCGGGCACUGACGAGGACGAGGCUCGUGUGAAGAAUUCCAUUCAGAGAUGGCUUAAUGUUGUUUGCAGCAAUGACGUGCUCAUGCGAGACGAAGAAAUGGUCUUCUUCGUCGAAAGCGAUUUUGGCUACUCCCCUGUGGUUAGGAUGAAGCAGCCUGCAACCGGAGUGAGGCGCAAAGUCCUGAAGCAAUUCGCACCACCUCCCGACGAUACGCCUGAGCUGCACGAAGCUCGACCUGUGGCUAAAAUGUUCUACCUAGGCUCGCUUGAUACUGGCCAAAAGUUGGAAAAAGUUGUCAAAGCGAGAAGAGCCCUUGGACUCGCUGAAUCAUCCCUGGGCGAGAAACUUGGCCAAAUGCAUGUUCAAGAAACCCACCCUGGCUUGUCGGUCGCCUAUCGCAAACUAGGCCGCAUCAUCCAAACCACAGGGGAUUACCACGCUGCUCAAGGCACAGCCGAAGCCACCACCCUCGGAGAUUCACUCUCCUAUCAUUCCAACGAUGCUUUCAUCGUCAAGGAAACCCUGACGAAUCGUCACAUCUUACUCCGGGAGCUCCUGCAGGCGGAGGCAAGCCGGCGGACCAAAGAAACUGCGGUACACCGCUUGAAGGCCAGCAGCAGUGUGCGCCGCGAGAAAGUCGAUGAAGCAAUCUCCGCCCUCGAUGAAGCCACCAGCCAGGAAAACUACCUCCGCGCCAAGACACAGCGCGUCACCGCGAACCUACUUCUCGAAAAACGGCGCUGGUUCGACCGCACGAGCGAGGAAUUUCUCUUCUCGCUCCGCGAGUACGUCGUACGACAGAUUGAGAGCGAACGGCGCGCUCUCGCAACCCUGGAGUCCGUGAGGCCCGAUAUUCGGGCCAUCGACGCCAGCGGUGGUCUCAGCCGCCUGGGACGGGAGAACCAUCCACCGAUCCGCCGUGUCAGCCUUGCCAGCAGUCAGGGGGCCAAAGGAGACGCGUGGUCUGGCGUGCCGCGCUCGCGCGAAGCUCUUAAUCGCUCCAUCAGUGGCACGUUCGGCGCCAGCGGGAUCCCGGAACGCGACGAGGGCGGCAUCUACGCUGCUGCGCCUGGUGGGGCAUCACAGGACGCAGACGGCGGUAACGGCGCCACUGAGGGAGGGCGGCCGCGCUCGGGCACCGGCUCGGCCAGCCUUACUAGCGUCAAGGAAACGGCCAACGAGGACGACGACCGCGUCGAUGCUAGGAACGCUGCGAGCCGUUUGGCUCAGAGCACUUUCUAA